GCGUUGUUGCCGGACGAGGGCCGGAGGGCGCAGGGCGGCGUCCGGAGCUCGGCGGGGACCCUUCUUCGGGUUAAAAGACUCACAUUUGAGGCACUGAAGGAAAAGAAACCUGCUUUAUAGAUGGCUUUGGAGGUAGAAAAAUCUCCUUUUGAGGCAUCGUUGAGUGCGAAGGCCAAAUGCUAUGGGAGGUGGAACUACCGAGACCUCGAGACGGACCACUCUGAACUAGUUAGCAAGGUUUGCCAGCCUUCAGCUGUGGAAGAAGAAGAGCCUUUGCCCAAAGAAACGGGGGUUAGAGAGCUCAAGGCCAUAGAGAAAGCUGACCAUACAUUUCCUGGCAUUUUCCGGAGAACUGAAAAAUGUGAUAAGAUGUCUUCUAUGGCUUCGAACAAGUUUUGCAAGAUGAAAGCAAAAGCAAAGUAUGUGGAGAGACGGCCGCUCAUCAGUAGGACCACUUUUGGUAGUGAAGUAGCUCCCAGUUUUAGCAGAGGUUGUCUGUUUCCGGAAGAACAACAACAGGUGACUUCAGCAGAAGACUCGGAUUCUGCAGAGACGCUUCAGGGGCUGCUGGAAAUCACAACCAAAGCUAUGGACUCGACGUUUUACAGCCCUACCACCAAACCCCUCUACAACCUUGAUGCCGAUGGGAGGAGCCAGGUGACAUUUGCGCCUUAUUCAUCCACUCCCAAACACCUGCCAGGUAAAAUAAAGCAUCGUUUUGAUGCCGUGACACCUGCGUUCCCUCGGACUAGCUUCACCUUACAGCCUUCAGAAGACUCCGGUUUUGAUCAGCAGGGGAUGGCGAGAUCUAAGAGCUUUUUGGGGGCUGGGGCUCUUUCGUUCUCACCUGAAACAUCUACUCCCUGGCAGCUGUAUGGUCUCCCUGACCCUUCAGGAAACCACAUUCUGGGCCCACACGGGCACAUAGCUUUGGAUAGCUCCCCCACAUUGGGUCACAUGGGAAAGAUGUCCUCCUUCCAGGCGGACUACUGGGCGUGUGCCAUACCCGAUUGCCUGCCCCCAUCGCCAGACCGUCAGUCGCCCCAUUGGGACCCUAAUAAAGAAUAUGAGGACUUGCUUGAUUACACCUAUCCUUUGAGACCGAAACACAAGCUUGCAAAGAACCCCAAAGAGUCUUCUGUCCACGAUUCUGGGGUUGACCUCAAUAGCCUUUCCAUUUCUCCCGAGAGUACCUUGAAGUCCAUGAACCUGCAGGGCCAGGAACCUCUGGCUGCGGAGAUCCCACACUCGGAGAGCUUUCCAACCCCUUUAUUGGAAAAGUCGGAAUGCCCUGUUCCAGUUUCUCACUACAGACUCUCACCUGUUGGGAACGUGUCCUUUUCUGAUGGUGUUCCCUCUCCUGGGAGAACUCGCACCUCUGGAGAGAAGAUGGUGCAUGGCUUGUCUCCUAUGUGCCCUCGACCAGUUCCAUUUGAUUCAUACAACUUGGAUGAAAGACUCUUGGACACAAGGCGAUAUGGCUGCCUUACAAAGAGAGAUGCUGACAGUAGCAACUUCAUACGCUCCACAAGGGUGCUGCCUUUACAAAACGGGAGUUCCAUUGAUGAAGAGUAUCUCUCCUUACCACCCAGGCUCAAAGAGUUAGAGACAUUGGCUCAGCAGCUGACUGAUCUUUCACUGAUCAUAAGGAACCCUGAACAUUUUCCAUAUGCCGAUGUGAAUGGAGAGCAGCUUCCUCUGGAGGUUCAGGGAGAUGGUGGAGCCAGCAAGUGUCAGUGGGAAACAGAUUGUGAUUCUUGUCGUACGUGUAGCUUCCACGAACACAUUGAAGAAGACCUUCUGAGCAACCAAAGCUGCCAGGACCAGGAGAGGCUGCUAGGAGAGGCUGCUAGUAGCAUUGACUUGCUCAAAACAAGAUUCCUCGAGAGUGGAGGUCAUCGUGUUGAACAAGAGACAAACCGUUGCAGAGAUUCCCUUGCACUGCAUAUAAGGAUAUUUUGCUGUCAACUAGAAGAGCUCAUUUGUUGGCUGCACAAAGUGGCAGAAGUUACAGACAACUGGAUUCCUCCCAAGCCAGAUGUUGGAAGUGUCAAGGCAGCAUUGCAAAACUACCUGGAGUUCAAAAAGGAUUUAGCUGACCACCAGACACUGACUGAAAAUGUCUUGCAAGAUGGAGAUAGGCUUCUCAAAUGCAUGGUAUCGGAUUCACCAGUUUUACAGAACACUCUUGGCUUGAUCGCCAAACAAUCUGACAGGCUUGAAAGCCACGCUGAACGCCUGUAUGAGACUCUCCUAGCAGCUAUGGACACUCUUGGCGAUGGCUUGAUAAAGAAUUGUGAUGCUCAGCAAACCGCUGCCCAGGCAGAGUCGUCAAGAUAAUGCCUCUGUGUGGAAUUUCACAGGCCUUCUUCCCCUGAAUGAAAGAACUGCUUCAGUAAGGAGUUCGAGGAGAUAUUAAAGUGCUCUCGACAGCGUGCUCGAAGCCUGGAAGCUAUAUGACCUCUUGCAGCGUCACCAAGCUUUGUUUCCAAGUUCAGGUGUUACAGCAGCUGGGUCCAUCUCUGGUGCCAGGUGGGAGUAUGGAGGAUAAGGCGUCCACAGAUGCUGGUGUGGUCAUUGACUUAAUGGUGAAACGCCUCCAAAGCUGGAUGGCCUUUUUAUGUUAUCGUUGUUCAGGUGAACAGUUGAAAGUCUUCAGUGCCUGGUCGUCUAACGUACUUCGGGUUUUCCUUCGAAAUAUGUUUCGUUUGUUUACAUGUAAUUUCUAUGGAAGACUACAUUUUAAAUAAAACAGUUUUAUCACCAUAUAUAUUAAA